UCAUUUUUGCUUCCAGCGGAGACGUGAGUUUUGUACAGAUACUAAAAUGAAACUGAAUACUUCUUAUGCCAUGAGCUUAACUAAAUAUCUGCUUUGCUGUAGAAGUCGCCUGUCAUAUCCUUUAAUUAACAAGUUUGAUGCUAGAAUUUAUCAAAAUAGUUCUAUGAAAAAUCUUAUCAUGCAUGCAAGAAAAUACAGUCAUUCUGCAAGACAAUUUAAAACUGGUAUAUUAAUGUUGAAUAUGGGAGGACCAAGCUCUCUUAAUGAAGUGCAAGACUUUCUUACCAGGCUAUUUACAGAUCGAGAUAUUAUGACUCUUCCAAUGCAAAGCAAAUUAGGUCCUUUAAUUGCUAAAAGAAGAGCGCCUAAUAUACAAGAAAAAUAUGGUGAAAUUGGUGGUGGAUCUCCUAUUUUGGAAUGGACUAAAAAGCAGGGGAAGCUAAUGGUAGAACUUCUGGAUGCAACCAGUCCUGAAACAGCACCUCAUAAGUACUAUGUUGGAUUCCGGUAUGCUAAUCCUUUAACUGAAACAGCAAUUACAGAAAUGGAGAAAGAUGGAAUUGAAAAUGCUGUGGCCUUUUCUCAGUAUCCUCAAUAUAGCUGUAGUACAUCUGGAAGUAGUUUUAAUGCAAUUUUUCAUUUUUGCUCAGAAAUAAGUACACAAAUGAAAUGGAGUUUCAUUGAUAGAUGGCCUGUGCAUCCAAAGUUGAUUGAAUGUUUUGCAGAUUUGGUUGCAAAAGAACUCAACACUAUGUCACCAGAAGAUAGAGAAAAUGCUAUUAUUCUUUUUACCGCACAUGCACUUCCAAUGAAAGCUGUUAAUAGGGGCGAUCCCUAUCCCACUGAAGUUGCUGCAACUGUUGUAGCAGUCAUGCAGAAGUUAAAUUGGAGUCAUCCUUACAGACUAGUUUGGCAGUCAAAAGUUGGACCUGUUGCUUGGUUGAGCCCCCAGACUGAUGAUGCUAUCAAAAAAUAUGUAGGAAAAGGACUCAAAAACAUUGUUCUGGUUCCUAUAUCUUUUGUCAAUGAACAUAUAGAAACUUUACAUGAGUUGGAUAUAGAAUAUGGAACAGAACUUGCUCAUAAGAUUGGUGUCAAGAACUUUAAACGGGUUCCUGCUCCCAAUGAUCAUCCAGCUUUUAUUGAGUGCCUAGCUGACAUAGUAAAAUCUCAUCUGAAGUCUGGAAAAACCUGCAAUCCUCAGUUGCUUCUUACUUGCCCACUGUGUGACAAGCGUACUUGCUAUGACACUAAAAAAUGGAUUUCAAGCUUGAAGAGAUAGAAAUGACAUUAGCUAAAUACAAUACGAAAUCUUUUGAAAUUUAUUAUUUUUUUUAAAUUUUUACUCAUUGACUGAAACAAAGGUGUAUUUAUGUGUACAAGACUACAAAAUUGUUUUUGCAUACAUACAUAUGUGGGUGAUUCUCCAAAAACCUGACAUUUUCCAAUCACGUUUAAAAAAAAGAAAAUCUGAAAAAAAUUAUACUCAUUCUUUUUUAGAAACUUAUUAAGAGAAAAAUAGAGGGAACUCACUUUAACUAUGUUACACCACCAAAAGAGGGAUCAAAUUUUCAUAUAGCAAGAGACAACGAGCAGCAUCAGGAGAGAAUUUCUUCAUGGGUUAUUUAAAAUGUAACUUUUGUAAUAAAGAAAUAAGUGAAGCCUAAAUCAAAAAGUAUGGUUAUUAAAUGACAAAAAAUUUAUGUAAAACCUCCCUUAACCGACACCCCCAAUUUCUUCGAGUACAAGUCCCAUAUAGGUUUUUCCAUAUUAUUCACUCUGAAUAGUUUACACUACGAAUAACGUGCAUUCAUUUCAACGAGAAAAAAAAUGGAUUGCUACAUCAAAACUUUCUUUAAGUUAGCCAAACACAGUAUGAUAAAAUUUACAAAAAGAAAAGUUACCUUCUCAUUACCUGCAAAUUGUUUUAUGGUUCAGGAGAUACAAACAUAAAACAGAAAGGGAAUCAGCAAUAUUAAUAACAUAUAUUUUACUUUUGAUUUAAAGCUACUACAAAAUUUAUAGCAACUUCACUAACCUAUUCGAACAACAUUUAGAUAAACAAAUGUCUAACCAAUAGCUCUAUUUUGGAACGAUUCCUUUA